ACCAGGAUAACAUUAAGAGCGUGGAGACGAAUUGGGAGAACCUCAACCGCGCGGGUACCGGUGACGAGGAGAUCAGAGAAGUCCAAGGCCCUUCCAGCAGGGCGGGAGAUGACAAGGUGGGGGACAUGCAAUGUCCAGGACCAUCGUCCAAGAGCCAAGCACAGUGGAUCUGCCAGCCCAGCCCGUAUCUCUUCAGUGGACAUUACCCUCCACCAGCCAUGAUGACCCUGGAGUUCGUUGCUGUGCUUUCAGAAAAUUAUAACCUCGACAAAAAAUACAAAAUCUGUGUCAUCUUCGACCAACAAAACGGCUUCUACGAAGAAUUCGCCAACAUGGAGAAAAGAGACAGAAUGAUCAUGGGCAGCGCCAGGAUCACCCUUUCCCGCCUGAGACAAGGACCCAUCUUUUAUAAAUACGCCCUCGUUAACACCUUCAGCCAUCAGAGAGAGUUUGAAUUGGAGCACGUUUCGUUAGAAAACUCCGACAUCCCGGGGACCUUCAAGCGCAGAAAGGCUCAAUUCUAUCGUGUCCUGAAAAUACCCGAAACGGAGAUCAAAGCAGAUGGAACAUGGACCUUCUUUGAACGCAUCGAAUGCAGUUUCCCCAGCAGCAGCAGCCCCAGCUCGUGGAAUCCUUUAUCCAAAAAAACGCCCGGGCACAAGAUCCAGAUGGAAUAUCUGGAGCACAAUUUCUCUGCUCCCACCACCUCCUGGAAUUUCCUCGAGGAUAUGGAGAGGAGACUGGACCGGUACAUGGAGAGCAUCCACAUCCAUCUGUGGGACGUCAAGAUGAAAGACUUUGUGGUCACUCACGGUUUGGACGAAGCCAUGAGAGAAAAUGUCAGCAGCUUCCUCCAAGGAAUCACCAAGACGCUGAAGACCAAGGAAUCAAAACUCCCUCAGCUCCUCUUUGUCUUUCACAUCUCGUUUCGCUAUAACAUCCCCCUUCCUCCAGCGUCCAUCGCCGAGGCUGAAAAACACUUCAAGGCCAUUGAGUUUUCUGAAGAAAAAUACGAAGAACUGAGAGGAAAAAGUAAAUACUUUCAGGCUCUGAAGGCAAUGUGUCACAACACCAUUGAUGGUACCUUGUGGAUCUGGUUGGUCCCGCUGCUCUACGCCAUGAAGGAGAAGGCGGAGGACCCCUUUUCCCUGCACGAACCUCCCUCGGAAGCUUUUCUAAAGCUGCGGUGGGACGAAGACAAGCAACGGAAAGUCCUGAAGAUGAUCAGCAACCACAAAAUCUUGCUUGGAAGAUGCGCGCCGCUGGCGAACAAGGUGUUGGAUAUGAUGGCCCUCAAGAACUUCACCAAAGACCCUUUGUCCGGAAUUUGGCUUCCGCCUCAGCUCUUCUUGGAGACGUUGUACGGCCGCCUCCUGUUCCUGAGGGCAAACUCGUCCCAAGGGCCUGUAAGGACUGAUUCCUCUUUCUUCAACUGUAUAACAGAAGUGCUUAAGGUCAGGAAGCAGGAGUUUGGUCAACUGGAAGAGCUGAAGAAGCAACGAUGCUCCUUCCUCUGCCUGUGCUGUCGCAUAGAGGAGAUAAUAAAAGUGGAUCGAAGCACCGUGGAGAGGAGCAUCACGGACAAGGAGCGUUUUAAGAAUCAGAUGUCGGUGAAGGAGUUCUCCCUCGACGGCAAGAGCAAAACGGAAUCGCACGUCCUGGCGGGUUAUAGCGACAUGAUGCAAAAACUUUACAUCGUGGAGAAGAGCCAAUGUUUCUGUCGGCUGUGGAGGAUGAGAGCAGAGGAAAUCAAAGCCUCCAUACCCGAAGAUCACGUUCUCUCCGUGGAAGAUGUUCAAGAAAAAAUUUACAAGCCAGCCCUCGCCGAAUUUCAGAAAACCUACUCGUCCCUCAAAGACUUCUCCAUCACCCUGGGGACGGUGCAGAGCCACUUUGAGAGGCUGCUGGGAGAGAAGGAUCUGCUGGAGAAGGAGUUGAAUCUCAUGGAGCGCAGCGAAGGGCGGGGGGGCGGAAGAGCUCACUGGAUCCCCACCGUGGUGGAGAGGAUCGAAAACUUCCUGACGCUCUCCAGAGUGGUGCAGACGGCCCAGAUGAUCAACGCGCUGAGGCAGCAGCUGCAGCUGGAGGGGGACUUCCAGAUUCUCAGCGACCUGACGGCAUACAAAGAGCAGGAAUUCAAGGAUAAGCGGCUCGAUUUUAUUACUGAAGACUUAAUGAAGGUGAAAAAAAGGUUGAGUGACAUUCCCCAGGGAGUCUUGGACUUUCUGAAGGAACUUCUGGAAUGUGCAAAGAAAGGUUUCACCUCCUGGAUCAAGACCAUAAUAAAAGACAAGACAGAAAUCCCCGUCUUUGUGGAGCUGGCAUCGAUUUCUGCAGGUGAAAACGACAUGGAUAUCGACAGAGUGAGGUUCUUCCGGGAUGCCAUGUCUGCCUCUGCCCCCAUCGUGUUAGACCUGACUCCCACAGCUGGCUUCGAGGAGUUCUCUGCCGCUCUGUCUUUCAUCAGAGAAGCCAUCGAGAAGGACAGUAAGCUUCCCAAAAAGCUGAAAAGUUCCUGCGACAACAGAGACUGGAUCCAGAUGGUUCACGACUCUCACGGCUCGGUGGAGCGUUCUUCCAUCUCGCAAGCCAGAAGCAUCAACAGAAACGGGAUUUUCACCAUCUCGGCACCCCCGAAAUUCAAGGCUACGCUUGAGGAUUGCGUCUUGUUGCGUCUGAGGGAUGACGAUGAGGAGGGCGAGUCUCCAGCAGACCAGAAGGUCAAGAAAUACAGUUUGUCUCAGCUCACGGAGCUCCAGAACAAGCUGAUGUUGAUCGCCACCAAGGUUGAGCAGGGCAGAGAGGAGGCAAAUCGUUUCUUGGAGAUAUUGGAAAAAGUCGAAACGGUUGGGAAGUUGUACCUGGAGCUUCUCAACAUUGGCAACAUCCUCUUCAUCGACUGGAAGGCUGAAAUCUACUGCAACCCUGAGCACCGCGUGACGGUCUACACGGAGUUUGGAAUCACCAAGAUCCUUGUUCAGAGCACAAGACCCCUCCUGCAGGAGCUGGACAGCCUCUCGAAGGUGAUGGAGCAUUGUCUGGUGGAGUGGAAGAAGUACCUGGAGACUCAAAGGGACACCUACUACCAUCUCAACCUGUUCACUGCUCACCAGCUCUUCUAUUUGUGCAGCCAGCUGGCCCGAGUCCAGAAAGGCAUCGUAGAACCGCAGGUGCUCAUCAUGCUUUCCGCCAUCAAGCAUGACAUCAGCGGAGAGGAUAUCAAUAAAGCCCUGGGGGAUGCGCUGAUGACUCCGCUGGACUCGGUGAACGCCUCGGCGGGAGACGAGGAAUCAGUGACCUGGCAUGACUACGUCAUCCGUUUCCCCCAGUUCAUCAAAAGUUUGGCCGAAUCGGGCUACGACGAGGCGGUGGCCAAGGCGGCCUUGCAGAGCUGCCUGAAUAACUCGCCCAUCACGGAGCAGAUGCUCAUGGACUUCGCCUUCGAGCACGGCGACAACCAGGAGGAGGUUGAAGAGCUCAGCAGGUUGUACGAGGAAGCGAGAGAAACCUUCCUGCAGCAGAGACGGAAAUUUAAGACGGGGAACAGAGACGUCGACCAGGUUUCCUUCAGCGCCCUGGCGGACGAUGAGUUGGCCGCCUCCUUCGAGAGUUUGCCGUCUCUUUACGACAAGGUGAACCUGCUCUGGGACGCUUACUGUAAAAAAUUUGCCGGCCUGGUGUCCGAUAAAUACAUCGGUUUGGAUGUUUUUGGGGAGACGCUGAAGCGCUUGGCCGCUCUAGAGAGCGCCCGUGUGGAGAGGAGCCUGCCCGUAGGCUCCGAAGAGGGGAAACCGCUUCUCAUCCUGUGUAAGGAAGAGGAAAUGCUACCCAACAUGUUGCUCAUCUACCAACACACUGCGGCAGCCCCUCUCCCCUCGUACGACGAGGUCCUGGUGUGCACCCCCGACACGGAGGAGGAGGAGGUGGAGCUGCUUGUCCGGAGGGCUCUGUCCCCAGGUUCCCGAGACCAGAAGAUCUACUGCCUGCUGGGCGCCGACAAAUUAAACUAUAAAGUUUCCAAACAACUCGAGUCGCACUUCUUCCGCCUGGUGCAGUCCGCCAGCGUCCCCAACUACCGGUUCGUCAUCUUCUGCAAUGCUAAAGCUCACAACUCCUACGUCAUCACGGCCUUUGACACCUACAAGGUGACGUACUCCUGGCACUCGGAGGAGGAAAUCCGGAGCUACCUGCAGGGGCACCUCAGGGUGCCCAUCGGGACGGCCCCCACGGCUCAGGCCUUCGAGGAGCCCCGGCAGCAGAACGUCAAGUUCGUCUUCUCGGAGCAGGCGGGAAUGGGGAAAUCUCUUUUUGUGGAGAACACCCUCAGGAAGGUCCGUGCCCAGCUGGGGGACAAGCUACCGCUUCAUAAAACCAUUCGGCUGAUGGAGUCGGAGGUCGAUUUCCAGUUCUUCGUGGAGGAGCUCAUCUCCAUCAAGGAAUCCGUGUCCGAAAUCCAGCCCAUCAUCUUCCACAUCGAUGUGUCCCCAGUGGUAUCGAAGGGUCUCUACCGGCUGCUGAUUGACCUGUGCGUCCUGCGGCACAUCCAGAGCCCCGAUGGCUUGGUCUGGAAGUGCAAACCCUCCCAUCUUUACUUGAUCGAGUACCUGGCAAGAGGGAAAGGUCUGAGCAGUACAAGGAAGCAAGAGAUGUCCCUUGAAAUGGAGGAAAAAUUCCUGAAUCUUUUUCCUACCGUGGAGUGUGUAUCGCCGCAGCGGGUGCUCGAGUUGCUGGAAGACCCCAGCUCCGUCUCUCCCACGAAACUGAGAGAGGAGCAGUUUGACCGGACCAAGCUGAAAAGCGACGUUUUCCAAAGGUCCUACCAAUAUCUCAGCAGAUACAAGCAGAAUAUAAACCUCGACCAUUUCACUUUUACCCCUGGGAGCAUCGAAGGGACGGAGAGGGAAUGCCUGGCGUGCCUGAUGGAGUUCUGUGGGAGAAGCAGCCCCUCCUGGACCGAGCUCAGCAACUUCACUCACUUUUUAAACUUCCAGCUCCAAAAGUGCGAGAAAUCGGUCUUCUGCAGCCUGGUGGUCGGGGCGGAGUUCAGCGGCUUCAAAACAUUUGUCGUCAAGUUCAUGAUUGCCAUGUCCAAGGACUUCGCCAUGCCUUCCCUCAACAUGUCCGACGAGAGCGUGCCCAGCAAGGAGCGGAAGGAGGCGGACGGUGUUUUGGAGGAGUAUCAGCUCCGACGCAAGUGGGAGCAGGAGUCUCACCCUUACAUCGUCUUCCACGCUGAGGAUGACUCCAUGGAGUUUCUGGGUUUCCACAUCAACCCGAACUUAGAUGCUAUUGAUGCUUAUUCCCAGACUGUUUUGGAGAGGGCGGUUAUGACGAGGAGUUUAUACACGACCUUGGCACUGCAAAACGUUCCUUUUAAUAAGAAAUUUGAAACUUUACCCAGAAACGAGCAGUUGGAAGCCCUCUGCAGGGUCUUCGGCGUGAAAUACCUGAGGGAUCCGGAUCCCUCGUACCAGUUGACUCUGGACAACACCAUGAAGAUGUUGGCCAUCCACCUGCGGUUCCAGUGCGGCAUCCCCGUCAUCAUCAUGGGCGAAACGGGCUGCGGGAAGACGAAACUGGUGCAGUUCAUGUGCAACCUGCAACGGGCCGACCGAGACCUUCAGAACAUGCUGGUGGUGCGCGUGCACGGCGGCACCACCUCCAAGACCAUCCAGGAGAAGGUGAGGCAGGCCGUGGCGCUGGCGCGCACCAACGAAGCGCACGACGUGGACACGGUGCUGUUCUUUGAUGAAGCCAACACCUCGGAGGCCAUCUUUGCCAUCAAGGAAGUGCUGUGUGACCACAGCGUCAACGGAAUGCGGAUUUCCUCCCACCGUUUGAAAGUGGUGGCCGCCUGCAACCCUUACAAGAAACACACCCAGGAGACCAUCGAGAAACUGGAGAAAGCGGGUUUGGGAUACCGAGUGCGGAGCGAAGACACCCCGGAGAAGCUGGGUUACAUUCCUUUGCGGCAGUUGGUGUAUCGGGUGCAGCCCCUUCCUCCCAGUUUAUUGCCCCUGGUUUGGGAUUUUGGGGAGCUGAAUGAGAAGACGCAAAGCCUCUACAUCAGGGAGAUCGUGAAAGCCACCGUGGAGACAGACAUCCCUGCCGGAAACCUGGACGUCUUCACCGCCGUCAUUUCAACCUCCCAGAAGUUCUUGAGGGAGAGGAAGGACGAAUGCAGAGUCGCCAGCCUGCGGGACAUCGCCCGCUGCAUGAAAAUAGUGCUCUGGUUUUAUAACCGAAGAGACCUCCUCUUCCACCAGAUCGACGAGAAGAGGCAGUGCAAGAAGGAGGAGGAGGAGGAGGAGGAGCCGACCUUGAGCGACGCGCAAAGGGCGCUGGUCCUGUCCGUGGGGGUCUGCUACUACGUGUCCCUGGAGAGCCGCCAAGACUACCUGGAGGAGGUCGCCAAAUCCUUCUCGGUCGCUGCCUCCCGGCUCCAGCAAGAGAUUGAGUUGUGCCAAGAGGUGUUUCUCGAUCACCUCUCCCUUCCUAAGGCCACGGCCUGCAACAAUGCCCUGAGGGAGAACAUCUUCAUGAUGGUGGUCUGCAUGGACCUCCGCGUGCCGCUCUUUCUGGUUGGCAAGCCGGGCAGCUCCAAAUCUCUUUCCAAAACCAUCGCUGUAGACGCCAUGGAAGGCACGUUGUCCAGAAGCCCGUUGUUCAAAAGAUGCAAAGAGAUCCAGCUGGUCUCCUUCCAGUGCAGCCCCCAUUCCAAACCAGAAGGCAUCAUCUCCACCUUCCGCCAAUGCGCCCAGUUCCAGAAGGGCAAGAACCUGGAUGAAUUUGCGUCCGUGGUGCUGCUGGAUGAGAUCGGCCUGGCCGAAGAUUCGCCCGACAUGCCCUUGAAGACGCUGCAUCCUCUUCUGGAAGACGGAUGCGUCGACGAUGAGACCCCGGAGGAUUACAAGAAAGUUGGGUUUGUGGGCAUCUCCAACUGGGCCUUGGACCCCGCCAAGAUGAACCGGGGCCUCCUCGUUUUUCGGACUGAGCCGAGCAAGAAGGAGCUGGUGAAGACGGCUGAAGGCAUCUGUGCUGACCAGCCUCACUUUGAAAGGAUCAAAGAUUUGUUCCCCAUCCUGGCGAACUUCUACUACAACGUGCUGCAAAGGCAGGAGACGGAGUUCUUCGGGCUGCGCGACUUCUACAGCUUAAUCAAAAUGAUCGUGUCCUACAUGCAGGACCGGAAGUGCCGUUCUCAAGAGGAGCUCCUCGUAAAGGCCAUUCAGAGAAACUUCGGAGGCUCCAGAGACAUCAACCCCGUGGCAAUCUUCCGCGAGUGCACCAGCGAGGUGCGGCUUCCCCGCGAGAUGGAAACCAGCUGCAUCCGCCUGCUGAAGGAGAACAUGGAGAAGCAGCGAGCGGGGUUCAUGUCUCGUUACCUCCUCUUGCUGACCACCAACAACGCCGCCUUUCAGAUCAUCCAGAUGACCGGGCUGAUAGACGCCGGCAACUGCGACAUCAUCUUCGGCUCCGGUUUCCCGCGGGACCAGGAUUACUCCCAGGUGUGCCGCUCCGUGAACAGGGUGAAGAUCUGCAUGGAGAUGGGCCGGCCUGUCGUCCUCCUCAACAUCCAGAACCUCUACGAGAGCCUUUACGAUACCCUCAAUCAGUGCUUCGUUAGCCUGGGGGGGAAUUAUUACGUUGACCUGGGUCUCGGCACGCACCGGGUGAAGAGCCGCGUGAAGGAGGAGUUCCGGUUGGUCGUUAUAGAGGAGAAGAAGGUGGUUUACACGCAGUUCCCCACCCCUCUGCUCAGCCGGCUGGAGAAGCAUUGCUUGGACAUGUCCACCAUCCUCAGCUGGCAGCAGCGAGACCUCAAGCAGGACCUGGAGAGCUGGGCCGAAAGCUUUGUCCACAUCGAGAACCCCGAUUCGUUCAGCGCCUGGUCCCCCACCCUCGCUCCCAAGGAACACGACGUCUUCAUCGGCUUCAGCGACGACACCUCCGCCGCCAUCGUGCUGGAGAGUUCCCAGAGCCUCCGCUGCGGCGGCUUCGAACGCUACGACCAGUCGGUCUUCACCACCGCCACCAGCAAACUGGUGGAAUGUGCCACUCCGGACUCGGUCCUCCGCCUGAAAUACUCCACUCUGGAGGACGCCGAGCGGGUCCAGGAGCUUUAUUUCAUCGAGCAGAAGCACAACAGCCUGACCAGCCUCUUGCGCGAGGCGAUGAACCAGCAGAAGGAGGAGGGAAGCGCCGCCGGGCUCUGCCUCCAGGUGUCUACCCACGCCAGGCUCUUGAACCAGAAGGAUUUGGAAGUGCUGCGGAAGACGCUCGACCUCCCAGACACCAUCCACUGCCUCUUCCUAAGCCAGUUUGACACCGAACGCGCUUUCCGCCAGGACCUCCAGUUCUCCAGAGAAUUCUCCUGCCUCGGGAAGCCUCACCGACACGGAUCUUUACCCAGAGUUCCUCAACGUGGAGGCAAUGAUCAAAGGGAGCAUCCAGAAGGCCGUGAUCCAGCUGAGGACAAGAAGGACAACAGCCAGCGCCCAACGGAGAGAAUCAAGAUCCUUCACAACUUGCUUUUCCACUCUCAGAGUCACGUUUCCCACCGCUUCAUGACCAUCCUGAAGAAGAGGAUUUGUUACCUCCUACAAGAACGAGAGAAACCAAUCCAAAAGCCGAGGGAAUGGAUUUUCCGCAGGGCGCUCUCUGUGGAAUUCAUCCUGGAGGACACGUCGUUCAGGCAAGCGCUCUGGAUGCACCUGGAGGACAUCGUGACGAACGUCUUUGCCCAAAUUCUCGCUGUGGUGGAUGCCAACAACAACCUGGAUCACAUCUCCCAAGGCUCUCCGCUCGCAGAACUCUGGCUCCAGAUGUUCCAAGAAGAAACGUUCCUCAAAAUUAAAUACACCAGAAAGGCGGCAGACGCCAAGAUUUCCGUGUUGUCGAUGACCGAAGACCCCAACACCUCCCUCUUCUGCCAGUUCCCGUUCAGUUGGGUUGUGAAAUCCUACCUGGACAACGUGUGGGAGAGGGUCUAUCAUACGAAAGGCCAACCCAAGAACCCGACAGGGGAAGUGGCCAGGUUCUACCAAAACAUCAUCAAGAACGUCUGGAUGCCAGAUGACCGCACUCCAAACAUGCUCUGCUAUUACGCCAACGACUUCGUCAGGAUGGCUUUUCCUGGACAAGAUAACUCCGUCUACGAGAUCCUUUCCCAAGCUCUCCUCGCCAGCGCAGAGCAACUCUGCCUCUCCGUGGGCGAGACGAAGAUGAGUUUUUCCCCCAUUGGCUUCACAUGGAAUAUUUCUACCUCCGCGACGAUUAUCAGCUCUUCGUCGACAUCGCCAAAAGCAACGACACCGUCGUGAGCGAGCUGCGGGCGGCGACGAGGAGAACCCCGGCGAG